AUGAGCACCUUGAUCUCUGAGUCACAUCGUAAUAAGAAUAUGGAAGGGAAUGAAAUAAUCAGUAUAGUGGGCAGCCCCUCGGUUGCGGGCGGCAGCCGUGGCCUCGUCGUGCUUGCUGUUUCGUUGGCGGCGCGGCAGCAAGGCGGAGGUCGCCUCGUGGUAUCUGCGGAUCUUCUCCCGGGCAAGGGAGGGCUGCUCGCCGUGGACUCCCGCCGGCGGUGGUUGUCGCUCUCCUCCGCUCCUUACCUCUACGAGCUACGGGAGAGGCGUAGGGCCGAGGCUGUCCGGCCGGAGGUCCUUGCCGGCAUCGGGCGGCCAGCUUAUGCUGGCACAGGUAAAGAGUACCUAUAUGCACAGCUUCCAGGAGACCUUCAAGGUUAUGGCCUAUCAUUUGUUGUGUCGGAGAGGCAAACACUUGACUGGUCCGACAUGUUUGUCAUCAUAGCUCAUCCGCCUGAGGCCCGAGAUCUGAGAUAUUGGCCUGUUCAACCGCAUACUUUCAGAUCUGAGUUGAUGAAAACUGCACAUUCUAUUGUUACCGUCAUUGCAAAAACACUAGAUAUCGAUCUCGAACUGAUGGUUGACAAAUAUGUGUGUCAAUAUUUGAGAAUGAAUUACUACCCUCCAUGCAUGACCAUGGCCAAGAAGGUUUUGGGCUUCUCGCCCCAUUCAGAUGGGUCUUUUCUAACCUUCCUUUUAGAAGUUAAUUCAGUGGAAGGCCUUCAAAUUAAAAGGCACAAUGCAUGGAUUCCUGUGAAACCAAAUCCUAAUGCAUUGUUGGUGAAUGUGGGUGACUUUCUUGAGAUUAUGUCGAAUGGGAAAUAUAAGAGUAUCGAGCACAGGGUCACAAUAAACACCAAUCAGGAACGGUUGACCUUGUCUGCGUUUCACGUUCCAUCGCUUGAUGGGGUAGUUUCACCAGUAACGGAUAUUGCAGAAGAGAGGCCCCUGUACAAGGCAGUGGGGGUAGAAGAGUACUCGAAACUCUACAUGUCAAACAAAUUAGACGGGAAGAGAGCAUUGGAUCAUGCAAAGUUACUUUAA